UGCUGGUUUGUAUUAUUGUGAGAGUAAACAGAGCCGGCUCAAUGGAGGCGAGUUGGAGGAUAUCACGCUGCACCGCAGAAUUGCGUUUAUAUACUCAUAUCAGCAGGUGGCUGCAGUGGCAGUACGUUGUACAUGUGUAAUCUCCUUUCUGCCUCUCCAGGACAUUUUUCUCGUGGGGGGAGUCCAGUUUAGAAUUUUCUACGAUAGUAGUCACAGUAAACACCCCCAUCAACACCACAAGUCUACGCGUCAAGCCGAACAGGCCGGCGAUCUCGACGUCCCAAAAGUGGAGUGGCUUACAACUACAGGCCCGGAGGCGGAACGCCCAGGCAUCUGACAGGCAUCGGAUCUCUUGAUCACCGCGCCGAGUCCUCAACUUCAACACACUCAACACUGCCGCUCGCUUGUUCUGCAUUUCUUCUCGACCGCAGCUUGGCAAGGCAGUCUUUUCCUUUCUUGACUGCACCAAGCUCUCUUUCUGGUGCAGCAGUCCUUGGCCUCGACCGUAGCUGAUUGUCAGUCAUAUCGCUUGGCUUUGCGAUAGAUAUGCCCUGCACCCUUCUCGAACAUCCGGCGCUCUCUUGACGACUGCGCUUGUGUCGGUCUCUUCACGCUCCCACUCUCACUAUCGCCUCGGAACGGAGUCCGGACCUCAUAUCCUAAUUCAUUCUUGUACCCCCUUCGAGGGCGGUGUCUCUGUUGGAUCCUUCGGCCGUCGGAAGAUACACCAAUCUCUGAAUGCAUCGGACACCGAACUUCCAAUUCGACUCAAGAGCAAGCAACGAUUGGGGAUAACAAGCUCAUAUAGGACACCAAAGACCCAGGGCGGGCAUCUGAAGCAUUGCAUCUAUCAACUGUUUUAAACCGGAUAUUGGAGGAGUCUGUCACCCCAUUUCAAUCUGGCCGCAAAUACACGCAACUUGUAACUUACCAGGCGAGGCACGUCGCGGCCGGCUCGAAGCCCGCCAACACUUUCACUCUUCAAAAUGGCGUGGGAUCACUUGUCCAUAAACAAGCCGCACUUGGUGUACAUCAUCCUAGGAGGGUUUACCAGCAUGUUUAUGCUGUGUUCAUUGUUCAUCAAGGAAAAGCUGUACAUCGGUGAGGCUUCCGUGGCGACAUUGUGCGGUGUCAUCUUUGGUCCACAUGUGGCCAACUUGAUCAAUCCGCUCACAUGGGGGAACACUGACCAAAUCACCCUCGAAUUCUCGCGCAUAGUCUUGGUGGUGCAAUGUUUUGCCGUCGGGGUCGAACUGCCCAAGGCAUAUAUGGAACGGCACUGGAAAUCCGUCGUUUUCCUCCUCGUGCCAGUCAUGACCUUUGGCUGGCUCGUAACCAGUCUUUUUGUUUGGUGGAUGAUAGUACCACUCACCUGGCUCGAGUCGCUGGUCGUCGCAGCUUGUGUGACAGCCACCGACCCGGUCCUUGCCUCGUCCGUCGUGGGAAAGGGUAAGUUCGCCAAACGAGUGCCCAAACAUCUUCGAGAUCUUUUGUCUGCGGAGUCGGGCUGCAACGACGGCAUGGCGUUUCCCUUUAUCUACCUGUCCUUGUAUCUCCUGAGAUAUGAUCUGGGUGCCAAGGACGUGGUCUUUCACUGGAUCGUCAUCACCAUCCUGUACGAGUGCAUCUUUGGCGCCUUCUACGGGGUGAUGGUGGGCUACAUUGGCCGUCACGCCAUCAAGUUCGCCGAGCGGAAGGGCCUAAUCGACCGAGAAAGCUUUCUAGUGUUCUAUUUCGUGCUGGCCUUGUUUUGCGCUGGCUCCGGCAGCUUGCUGGGUAUGGACGACCUGCUGAUCGGGUUCGCGGCUGGCGUGGGCUUUUCCAACGAUGGUUGGUUCACCGAAAAGACCGAAGAGUCACACGUGUCCAACGUCAUUGACUUGCUCAUCAACUUGGCUUAUUUUGUCUACUUUGGUACCAUUGUACCUUGGGAUCAAUACAACGCUCCCGAGCACGGUUUGGUACCUUGGCGGUUGGUUGUAAUCUCCGUCUUUGUCAUCUUUUUCCGCCGAAUCCCGGCUAUGCUGGCCUUGAAGCCCCUGAUUCCGGAUGUCAAAACGUGGCGAGAGGCUCUGUUUGCAGGCCAUUUUGGCCCGAUUGGGGUCGGAGCCAUCUUUGUGGCUAUCCUGGCUCGUGCCGAGCUUGAGACUGAUUCCACCGAACCGAUGUCCCAACUUCCGGCCCCAGGCUCAAAGGAUUACAACCUGAUCUACCUUGUAUGGCCUGUGGUAACAUUCCUGGUCAUUUCAUCCAUCUUGGUGCAUGGCUCCUCCAUUGCGGUCUUCACCUUGGGCAAGCGCAUCAACACCCUCACAAUCACACUGUCGUAUACACAGGACAACGAAAAGGGUCCGGCUUGGAUGAACCGUCUCCCGAGGAUUUCCUCCCAAUCGCGAUCGAUGGCUCGCAUGGACAGCUCAGAACUGGACACGGACGACAAGCUGGAUGUUCCACCUGGUCAACUACCGCCAGUUGGGAUUCCCAAACUCCAUCUUCGGCGUCAACGCGAAGAUGAGUACGAAAAGCGGCCAGGCUCUAGAUCAUCAAGCAUGGGACGGUCGCGGAGGCGCAAACGAAAAAGCAAGGAGUAUGAAGACCGUCUGGGCGGGCCAAUCAGCCAGAGUGCCAUUGCACCGGCAAGGCGCUCGGAACCCUUGUUGUCUCAGCCCGGGUCUGCUUCAGACACUUUGUUCGAGAAAUCUGACGAGCCUUCGCCUGAGAGUAGACAAGACCGUCUCGUGACUGGGUCCCCGACCUCAUCUCCAGAACGUGAUCAAUUGGAAGCCGAACGCGAAGCCGAAGCUCUGAGGUUCAGGGAAGAAGAGAACCGGGAACGAAAACCGACUUCAGAAGAACCUGCAGAAGUGGAAAUAUAUGAAGAGGGUGACAAUAUCGUCGUGGAGGAUGAAGAAGGUAAUGUUGUGGAGACCAUUGAUGCUAGCCAGAUGACGCCUGCCGAGAAGGCCGAGGCUAUUGAGGGGGCGCGAAAUCGGCUGGCGAGGGAUGAAUCUGGUCAAUUCACCAAGCACAAACAUCAACCUCAUCCGAAGACCGAAGGUGAAGAUCUCGAACGUGAGAUCACGCAUCACCUCGAAGGAGCCUUGGGUCCGUCUUCGAAGACUAUGCGACAACGAUUUGACCAAUGGAAAGGCUUUAGCAAGCGGAAAGAGGAAUCCAAAGAAAAUGACACGACUGCUGGUCCCUCAAGCAAGGGAGAACCGAAGAAAGGAGAACUCAAGAAGGCAGAAGGCAAAAAGGGCGAAGGCAAGAAGGCCGAACGCAAGAGAGGUCCUGCCCAUGCUUAUCAGUUCGGCAACACAAUCAUCGUAGAAGAUGAAGAUGGCGAAGUCAUCAAGACUUAUACUAUCCCCAGCGAUGGCAGCACUGGCGAAAGAAAUCGGGCAGGACUGCGUCGAAUGAGCACAUGGGUGGGCCGCGGUCGACAAGCAGGUGGUGGCAGUGCCGGGGCCGCUGCUGGCGCCUCUGGGGCAGGCAGCUCCGAAGCCGCUGUUACUGAGAUGAAAGAAGGCGUGGAGCAGCAGAGGGAAAAGAAGCCCAUCCUCAAGCGACGCGGCUCCAACACGUCGAUAGAUGACGAUGGCCUAAGGAUGAUCAUCUCCAGCACCGAUCAGUACGGGUUGACUGGCCUACAAAAGAAGAAGGCUCGGGAUGCUCCUGGCGCCAUCGCCUUGGGUUCUGGAAGACGACUAUCGACAAAAGACUUCAUCAAACAAAUGCAACAGCUCGAUCCCAAGAAAAAGAUCCAGGAGGUCGAGCAGAGCGACGCCCCAGAGGCCCUCAAGCGCGAAUUCCGUAGUCAAGAGGCCGCCAAAGCCGAAGGAGAAAAAUCUGGCAAUCAUAAGGCUGCAGCUGCAGCUUCUGAUGAGAGAACUGGGCGGCCGCGGGCGUCGACCAAUCCAGAAGCCAAGUCAAGUUCGGCGGCCAUGCGUCCGGCUGCUAGUCGGCGGAUUGAGAGCGACAACUCGGAAAGCAAGGAAGAUUAUUUCAGUCCCGCACGCCGACCACGACCUGACCGUGUCACCACUCACAACCGCGAUAUCAUCUCGGCAGAAGCCGAGCAGAGUGAGAAUGACAACGACGACGACCGCGACGAUGAUGAUGACGAUGAUCAAUCCGAGGAAUCAGAUGUCCCCACUCACAACGUGGCGUCUAUUCUCGCCAGGCACAGCCAGGGCAACACUGCGGCCGACUUCCGCCGACGACAACUGGCAAGGAUCCGGUCCGAGGAGGAAGAAGAGGAAGAGGAAGAGGGAGAGGCCGAAGAUCCCAACGGCGGCGAGACUGCCGCAGAGAAGAGACGACGCUUAGCUGCUUUGGGCCUGGGUGACGGAGAUGAAGAGACGUCCAGCGAAAGCGACGACGGGGGCGAAGAACACCCGCGCCGUGCUGCCGAAACGGCCGUCCCCGAACCCAGCCAGGGAGGCCCGUCUACUCAACACCGAACCCGCAUCCAAUGGGGCGGCGAGAGCGGGAGAGAAAAGGAUCCUCAUGACAUCUAUGCAGGUGAUCCUAUUGUCGGAGCGGCUCGCAAACUCAAAAGGAUGAUGAAGAAGCGCCAUGAGACCUGAGAGAGAUGGUGAUCACUCUUGAUGUACAGUGUCCUGACCCAGUCAAAGGACAGGGGCACCCUGCAGCGGCAGGGACAGCGACAGCGACAGCCAGAUGCAAUUAAUGCUAGCCGAACAAAGGGAAACACGCGAGGGAAACCGCAGACCGAACCCCAAAGCCCUAAGUUGUUAGAUCUCCCAGAGCUUCUAGAUACAUGUAGAAGUACUACUCGCGAGAGAAUGAAAGAAAUUUGUUCGUGCUGUCAAA